GUGGAUCUCACUUGUGGACCAUGGUAUGAGUUUCAGUGAAACAGAAGGCAAAAUAGGAGAAAAUCAUUGGUAAAGUGAACCUGGCGAUGCCUGUAAAGUGCAAACUUUAAUUUGGGAGUAACAGUGUGAGAAAACCAUUGCCAAGAAAAAAAUGGCUUCUUGCAAGUUUUCCUUAUGCCUUGUGUGUCUAAUCUCCCUCAUAAUAACCUUGUUGAGCCUCACCAUUGAAGCAGCUCCUACUUACGCAUCUCACUACUGCCAAAAUACAACCUUUUUCACUCCCAGCAGCACCUACCAAGCCAACCUCGACUUCCUCCUCUCCGCUCUUUCUUCUAACUCCACCCUUCCCGAGGGAUUCUACAGAGUGAAUACCGGAAAGAACCCUCCCGACGUGAUCAUCGGCCGGUUUCUCUGCCGUGGUGAUCUGACCCCGGACCUCUGUCAAAACUGCAUCUCUACUGCAAUUGAAGAUGUACGGAAACGCUGUCCGUUUGACAAAGUGGCCCUUAUCUGGUACGAUGAGUGCACGCUACAGUACUCCAACGAUUCCCUCCUGAACGACAUGGUACCAUUUGUUAAUAUUGCCAGUAGCAACAAGAGCGUCGUAGAGCAGGACCGCUUCAACAGUUUGUUGUCCAGCACAAUGAAGUCGUUGGCGGCACGAGCGGCCAAUUCUCAGUCGGACAAGAAGUUUGCGACGGAGGAAGUUAAAUUUACGAGCUCACAGACUCUGUACGCCCUGGCGCAGUGCGCGCCCGAGCUGUCUGUCGAAUCGUGCAAGACAUGCUUGGAAAGCGCCAUCGGCUCUAUUCCUCAGUGCUGCGCUGGAGUACAGGGCGGAAAGGUUCUGCUUCCGAGCUCUAAUAUCAGAUAUGAGUUGUACCCAUUUUACAAUCAUACUGCUGGACUUCCUGUUCCAGGAAAGAGAAAGUCAACGUCAUCUUCAACUAUCAUCGCCGUUACUGUCCCACUUGCUGGCUCUAUGAUACUUUUCUUAGUAGGCUUGUACUUCCUGCGUAGAAGAACAAGGGAGAAAUACAAUAAUUUACCGGGAGAAAAAGUUGCCAUGGAAAUUUUAUCUGCAGAGUCCUUGCAAUUUGACUUGGCUACAAUUGAAGCUGCCACAAACAAUUUCUCUGACGAUAACAAGAUUGGUAAAGGUGGUUUUGGUUCGGUUUACAAGGGUGUUCUUUACAACGGACAAGAAAUAGCAGUCAAGAGGCUAUCCAGAAGCUCCGGGCAGGGUGCAAUAGAAUUUAAGAACGAGGUUGUGUUAGUUGCCAAACUUCAACAUAGAAAUCUAGUGAGGCUCUUGGGAUUUUGCUUGGAAGGAGAAGAAAAGAUACUCAUUUACGAAUAUGUGCCCAACAGAAGCCUUGAUUACUUUUUAUUCGACUUUGAAAGGCAACGGCAAUUGGAUUGGUCAAGCCGUUACAAAAUUAUUGGAGGGAUUGCCAGAGGGCUUCUUUAUCUUCAUGAAGAUUCUCGGCUUAGAAUUAUACAUCGUGAUCUCAAAGCUAGCAAUGUUUUAUUAGAUGCAAAUAUGAAUGCAAAAAUCUCAGAUUUUGGCAUGGCAAGGAUAGUUGUAGUUGAUCAAACUCAAGCAAAUACAAAUAGAAUUGUUGGGACAUAUGGUUAUAUGUCUCCAGAGUACGCGAUGCAUGGAAGAUUCUCGGUGAAAUCUGAUGUGUUUAGCUUUGGGGUCCUACUUCUUGAGAUUAUAAGUGGAAAGAUGAACAACUGUUUCUUUCAAUCAGAACACAAUGAGGACCUCUUAGGCUACGUUUGGAAAAAAUGGAAGGAUGGAAGACCCUUGGAAUUUUUGGAUCCAACUCUUAGGGGUUCAUUCGCGAAAAAUGAAGUAAUUAGAUGCAUUCAUAUUGGAUUAUUGUGUGUUCAGGAAGAUCCAGCCAGCCGACCUACAAUGGCAGCAAUAGUUCUCAUGCUCGACAGUCACUCUGUUACCCUCCAAUUACCUCAGCAGCCAGCAUUUCUGCUCCGGAGUAGGGCAAGGAAGAACAUGCCGUCAGAUGUGGUGGAGCCUGAUAGUUCUACAAACCAGUCAGUGCCAUGGUCUAUUGAUGAAGCAUCAAUCACUCAACUGCACCCUCGUUAGUGCUAGGAAGCAAGGCGCUGUCAAUACUAAUUUACUUGUUAGUUCUCUCCAAAUAAUGAAACUAGCACUCAUGUUUGCCGGUUUUUGUUUGAGGAAUGUAAAGUUGGAGAGAUGCACAAACAUGGAUUUUGUGGUCAUAACAUUUUGCGACUACCGCUCAUUGGGCUAUGUUAUAUUAGAAUACAAAUGGGAGUUUGGAGAUAGGUGUGAAUGAGGAAGUAGACUCUUGAAAGAGAGACAAUACCAGGAUUUGGGAAUAACUAUUUCUUUUACUCAUAUAUAAAAAGUGGUUUUACA